AUGGCAAACACAAAUGAAGGACCAGUAUUCAGAGCGUCUAAACGAAGAAAGGUGUUUCGCAAGAGACGCGACGACGACGAAGCAUCCGACGGCGAUGCAGUGACACGGAAUGGCCCAGCGACUGUGGCGGACGGCAGGCAGGAGCAAGAGUUGGGACUAGACACGAAGGAAGUCAGUGUGGCCGCGCGACAUGUCAGACCGACUGGAUCAAGGAAGGGAGGUGUUGGUUUCUCAUCGACACGAGCGGGCAACGAGAGCGGGACCAGCAGCGUCUUUGACACGAAUGCGCCGCCCACACCAUUGAAUGCCGUCGAGCAUGCUCAAGCCCGCUUCGUUGCGCCGACUGGGCAUAUUGCAUCAGCAGACGACAAGCACAUGAUGGCCUAUGUAGACUCCAAACUAGCCCGUCUUACCCCAUCACAUGAAGCCUCGACCUCGUCAACCUCUACGCACCCAACCUCUACACCAGCAGAACCCGCUUCUGCAUCAACAGCCGUGACACCGGCACAUAACACCGUUUCCUCAAUACCAGCCUCCCACGGCCACCUCGACGAAGUCAACAUCCCCAAGCCCUCCCACCCCUCCACAACCACAACCAUCCGCUCUCAAAAGCGGCCCCGAAAACCCUGGCACUCCCGCCGUACCAGUGCAGACAUAGCCCGCGACGCCCUAGUCGACCAAAUCCUCCAGGAAUCCGCCCUCCACACCUAUUCUUCCACUCCUGCACCGCCACCACCCGCACAAGAAGAGGGAGAUGCGGAUGAACGAAUGGCUGAAGAAUUCAAGAGGAACUUUUAUGCUGCGGCAGAGGAAAGGGCCAGUAGGAGGGGUGGACAUGCUGCUCCGUUGCCGCCUACUUUUGGUGCUAAUAAAUUGGAGAGUAUCAAGGGGCCGAAGUUGGGGGGGAGUAGGAGUCAGAGGGCCGCUAUGCAUGCUGCCGAGAAAGCCAAAGCGGCGAAGAAGUGA